AUGCUAAUUUAAUAAAGACAACCACUCAUUUAAUUUGAUGAUUUUAAAUCAUUUUUGGAUAGUUAAUGGAUUAAGAUUAAUUAUUUAAGUCAAGCUCAAUCUAUUUAAUGCCCGAGUGAUUUUGUAUAAUGUCUUGAACAGAACAAAGAAAGAAUAUUAAUUGACUAAGAACAAUUAGCAAUGUUCUAAUCCUCUAAUUAGAAAAUCGUGAUUAUCACAUUCUUCAUUUAUGGAUACCACAUCACUUACAUCGAAAAAUAGCAAUUUCGUUAUAAUUUCUUCAAAAAGUUUAUGUAAUCAAUCGACAAAAUAGAAAUUAAAACUCUGGAAUAUUUAUAACAGAUCAUUGAACCCCAAGACCCCAUUUGCAAAUCAAUUCUGCUUGAAUGCAUCAUAAUGCUGCUUCAUCAAUCGAGUUCACUGUUGGAGAUCAACGCAUAAAACCAAAUAGAGGAGGUGCAAGAUGAUUACAAUGCCAUACCUGAAAGCAAAUUGUUUUACAAAUUGGCAUACAUCCAUUUAGUGAAUUAAAUGAAAGAUGUUUUGCUUAAAUGCUACAAUGAAGGACAAAUCUUGCUCUAAAUAUUCAUCAGAUAAUUACUCCAGAGCGAAGAACUAUGUUCAAAGAUCCCAAAGGAAUGGGCAAUGAAAAUUCGCUAUCAUGACACCAAGUUUAUAAUUGAUUUGAUGCAAGAAUAUUGCGAUUGCUCAGAUAAGCUAAUUCACGUCACUAGAAUACUAUUAAAGUAGACAUUCCAAUAUAAUGAAGAAAGCCAGGGUAAAACAUCAUAUCAGAUAUUUUCUAAUCUAUAAAAAUUGAAUAAUCAAACUCAUUUAAGUCUCUAGGCCUUAAAAAUUUGGUUGAUUUCCAAAAGCCUAACCGUCUUUUAAUAAAUUAGAUAGUUUUUAGAGAAUACAUUUGAGAAUUCUAAUUUUUAAUUUGAAUAUGAUUAAUAAUGUAUCGAUUUAUCAUUUGAAAUAUUAAACAAUAUUAAAUCUUAAGCAUUUAUAAAUGGCACAAAUUACAAUGAAUAAUUGUUAGAAGAGGUCAUAUAUAUCUUUGAUGUUGUUUGGUUAGCACUCGAAUUUCAAACUUGCAAUCAACUUAAUGAUCAAAAGCGUGACUUUUGGUUAAGUUACAUCCAUGGCUUAGAUAAACUCCUUUUCUCCUUAACGCCAGUUUCGAAACAAUCAAACGACAUAAAAAGUUGUGCUGGUCUAUUGGUUAUCUUACGUUAUCACCAUAAUAUUUAAAAGUAUGUGUCAUCAUCUUCAACCAUUUUAUUACAUUUUAUUGACUAACUCUACCCAUUGGAUUAGAGUCUAAUUAAAUAGAACCUGCUUAUCUAAAAUUUGAUUAGAUUAUCCAUCGAAUUUAUAGUGGAUCCAUCCCUAUCAUCAAAUGAAGGGAUAAUGGCCACAAUAGAGAAAGUCUUGAUGUAAGUUCAAUUUAUUAGUCCAAAUCUGAAAUAGAAGAUUUUUCAAUAUAUUUGGACUAAAUUGAAUCCUGAAGAUCGAUUUUACUUACUGGUAUUUUAAAUGGUGGUAACUCUGUAUUUAGAGAAUAAAGAUCACUCAUUAGGAACUAGAAACAGUUUUUUUAUAUCAAUUUUAGAAAUGGAAAGCCAAAAAAAGAUUAUUCAUCCACAAAAAUUCCAUGCCCUUCUUUAAAUUUGUUAGUACUUGUGUCUUGAGAAUGCUUCAAUAAAUGUGGAAUAAAUAUUUUCCUAGAAUGAUCCAUAUGCUAACUGUCUGUAUUUCAAGUAGUUUAAAGUAAACAGAAGUUUCUAAGAUUUUUUUCAAGUGAACAAUUAUUACAGUUUGAUAAUCAAUCUGAUUUCUGGCAUUAAUAAUACUACUAAUUUAGUGUACCAAUUAAAAGAGUUCAUUAAAUUAUUGUGGUUAUUAACUGAAGGAUUGAAAUUAUGUUAGAUUGAUUUUGCUGAUGAAUUUAUAUCAUACUUAGAAUAAAAUUUAUACUUAUUUACAGAUGACUAAAUAAGAGAACUAAUAGAAUUACUUUUCGAUUGUUCUGUUUCUAUGAUAAGUAGAUUUAUAAGACUCAAGAAUGCGACUAAUACAGCUGAGUAAUAUGGAGAGAUUAUCAUCUAAAAUGAAUUUUGUUUAAAGGUUCUCGUUGAAUCCUUCCUAUUUAAUACAACUCCCUCAGAAUAAUUAAGACUUAAAUGUCUCCACUUCUUGGGUAUACUAAUUUCAAUGAAUGAUUAUAAUAAGAUGAUAUUUAGAGAAGCCAUUCGAUUGUCAAACUUUUUAGUGUGUAUGAGGAACCAGAAGAAUAAGAAUUUAUAAAAAUCAAUGGAGGAAGUCUUAAAGAGAUCUUUGUCAUUCAUUCGAAAUGAUUAAAUUUAGAAGUUAAUCUAGAAUGCACCUAAGGAAUCGUAAAAAAACAAAGUGUUUAGAUAGUCUGCAUUCUCACAAUAUGUAGGAGCUACCUUGGAAAAUCUAUCAAAUAGUGGUUCUGAAACGAAAUUUUAAAAAUAAUUCCAGUUAUUGGGAAAGGAUAGUGGAAUCAUCAUUAAAAAUUACAAAGAUAUCUGCGUAAAUAAAUCAUGGAAGUACUUUACAAUUUUAAUGGAAUUCAAAAGGGAAGGUUUCCAUUUCAUCAAUUCAAAUGCAAAAUCACUGGAUGAAAUAUAUAAAAAAGAAUAAGUCCUAUUUGCAUAUACUGGACAUAUAGAGAGACAAGAAAAAGGUGGGCAUCAAACAACAAAUUAAAAAUAAAAUAUUGUUUAAGUUGAUUUAAUCACGGUGUCAUUGAUUAAUUAAUUCUUAUAUCCAGAAGAUCCUCUUAAUAAUCUCAUAAAAGUUGCAAUACUCAAUUCUGAAUAAUAAAUGUAAGAAAUCAGCAUCUCUUACACAUAAAAAUCAAAGGAUGAGACUAUUUUACUUAUGUUUAUGUUCGAUGAUAGACAUAAAGGAAAAUUUAUAAUAAAUAUUUAGAAUUAGGUUGAGAAGCCUUUCCAAGUGAAACCAUUCUUAUUAGAAUACAUCAAAAAGCAUUCUGAAAAACAUCCUCUCAGUGUGAAUAUAGGAUCCUACUAUUCAAACUAAUAAUUCUAGAAAACAUUCUAAGGAGUCAUCAAUAAUUUCAUCCUUAUAGAGAACAGAUUACUAGAUAAUUAAAUAAAAUCAAUAUUUUCAAGGAAUUAAAAAAACUUGGUAGAAACUGUUGAAAAGGAAAUUAUGAACUUUGGAGUGGAUGAAAUUUAAAGUAGAGAAAUGCAGUACCUAGAUUUUGAGAAAUUUAAGUCCAGUUAUUAAAUUGCUGAAAUCAAAGAUGUCUUGAAGGUUAUUAGAGCUUAGAACAUACAAGAUUCAAAUUUCAUAAUGAACAUGAUAAAGAAGUAGAUAUAACAUAAGAUAACUUAUGAAUUAAAUUAAGAGGCUAAAGUAAUCUAUUAAGGGGCCAAUAUUAUUGAGGAUACAAGUUUGGCUGAAGUUUUCUUAAGUUUAGAGAAUAUUGAAAUUAUCCUAUUCAUCAUAUCCAUCACAACCUAAACUUAUUUCGAUAUAGAACCAUAAGAAAGGAGAUCUUGUAAGUUAAGAAGUGUUAAGGUUGUAUUAUAAAAUGGUUCUACUUCGAGCAAAGGAGUGUAUAAGAGAACAAAUUACUUCGAUUCCUUAUCAAGAUCAUUGUUUUUUGUGAAGGACUUAAGAAAAUGCAGAGAUGACUACAUAAAUUGCCAACAAUUUCAACUGAAUCUCAUGAAAUAAAACAGUUCUAUGAUAUCCCAAGGGGAAUCUCCAGAAUAAUAAAGAUAAAAUUUUAUCUAGUUGGAAUCAGAGGGUUCAAAUUCAAACACUAAUUCAAUAAAAUUAGCUCCUCAAAAUCAAAUUGCUACAUAAUAAAAUGUAGAAUACCUGGAUUAGACUUCAUUAUUCAACAUACCUAUUAUGUAGGUGCAAAACACAUUCUCCUAGGAAUUGUAAUCUCCUUUUAUUAUGAAAUCAAAUGGUUCUGAGUUCAGAAGGAAUUCUCCAGGUGAGGCACCAUAGAUUGAAAUCCAAAAUUAUGUCUCUUAGAAUGAGAAGUUAGCAUUAGAAUAGAGUAGCAUAUACAGAAAAGAUAAAAGUUAAUUUAUUGGAAGAAGAAAUACAAGAAACUAAACUUGUAAUAUAUCAGCUAAACAUGCAAUAUAAAUUACCAAGAAUUUAUAAAAUAUGGCUGAAAUAUAGAGUGAUAAAAAUAUCGAGUGGCAUCAAUAAUAGAGUGAAUCAAUGCUAUUGGAUUCUAAUUUAUAUCAUUGUGAAUGGAUUAGGGUAAAGAUGCAAGUAUAUGGUGAAUUAAAAUUAUUAGAAAAGGGCAAAGUCAUUCAAUUCCAAAGUGAUGGCUAAGAACGUCCAGAUAAGGAAUUCUAUAUAUAUGGAACAAUACCUUAUAAUUUAAAAAAAUUGAAGAAGAAGAAAAUUAUAAACACCUCUUAAAUUUUGGAAAUUCAAACUAGGAGAUACUCACAUAAAGAAAUUGCUAUUGAGAUAUUCUGCAAAAACACUAAAUCUUACUUUUUCGUUUUAUAUGAUUAAGAGAGAAGAACGCAAUUUUUGAAUUAAAUCAAGUAGAACAAUUUUUUCACAAUUGUGAUAGACAAAAGAGGAGAAUUUCAAGCAAAGGAAUAUACUAAGAAAUGGGUGAAAGGCAAGUUGUCCAAUUUUGAGUAUCUAAUGUUAAUCAACAAAUAUUCUGGAAGAUCUUUUAAUGAUUUGAAUUAGUAUCCAAUAUUCCCCUGGGUUAUUAGUGACUAUAAAAGCAAGACUAUUGAUUUAACAAAAAGAGAGAUAUACAGGGAUUUAGAGAAGAUGAUUAGUUCCUAAAAUGAGGAGAGACUGAAAAACUGUAAAAUUAGGUCUGAAUCCUUGAAAUAAACUUAGAAUGAAUUCUUUUUAUUUGGAUCUCAUUAUAGCGUUGCUGCUUAAAUAAUUAAUACUCUAGUGAGAAUAGAGCCAUUUACAACAUUGUCUUGCGAAUUACAAGAUGGUAAAUUAGAUUAACCUGAUAGAAUAUUUUUCUCAAUCUCAAACAUUUGGGAAUCUUGCUAAAAUGAUAAUUAAGAUUAUAGAGAACUCAUUCCUGAGUAUUUUUAUUUGCCAGAAUUUCUGAAGAAUAUUAAUAAGAUAUAAUUUGGUCAGAGAUAGAAUCAAGAUUAAGUAGAUGAUGUAGUAUUACCUCCAUGGGCAUCAAGUUGCGAGGAGUUUAUUGAAAUUAAUAGGUAGGCUCUUGAGUCUAGUUAUGUAAGUGAGAAAUUGCAUAAUUGGAUUAAUUUAAUUUUUGGGCCUUAUGCCUAUGGUGAAGAGGCAAAGAAAAAGGAUAACCUAUAUCAUUGGUUAACCUAUGAUUCGUGUAUAACAUACAUAGAGAAAUUACCAAGUUAAGAAAGAUUGGGAUAUUUAGCUUAAAUAUAGUAGUUUGGUUAGGUGCCAUUUCAACUAUUUACAAAGCCUCAUUGGCCUAAACAAAAAUAGGAGUCCUUUUAGUUUACACCAAUAAACUUAAUCAAACUCCUAAGUGAAAGAAAGUCUCUCAAUUCUAAGAAAAUUAUGAAGUUUGAUAAAAAAGUAGCUAUAAAAAUCUACAAGGAGAGUGAAAAUUUAUAUGUUUUAUUGAAUGACAAAUAAGUGUACAAAUUAAAAUUUAAUAGUAAUUAAGAGAGAAGAGAAAGUGAUGACAAAUUGGCAAAUGCCUCAUCAUUUUCUAUUAGAGGAAAUGAGAAACUGCAUUCAAAAGAAUUAUAAUUUCAGUUCGAUGACCAUGUUCUAUUUGUUUGUGGGUAUUUAAGUGGCGCAGUUUACAUAUAUAACUUAAUUGCAGACAAAUCUUAAUCAGCUUAGAUUAGUCAUAAAAUCAAAUUACAUAAAAAGAGAGUCACUUGUUUAUCAUAUUCCCCUAAAUUGAAAAUAUUAUGUUUAGGAGCAAAAGACAAUAGAGUGACUAUAUGGAAGGCCAUUCAUUCAAAUGAUAAGUUAAUUUCGUUCUUCUCCACCCCAUCUUUAAUACUCUAUGGACAUGAUAGAACCAUCAAAUGCGUUCAUAUUGAUGAUACUUUGUAAGUUGUCAUAAGUUUGGAUAAAAUUGGGAAACUAUAAAUUCACUCUAUCAUUUCUGGAUUAUUCCUGAAUGAUAUUAAACUUGAUUUAAUGGAUGGAGAAAAAGUACAGAAUAUUGUCACCAAUGGGAAUGGGUUAAUUGUAUUAUAUACAAGCAAAAAUUAAAUUAUAGCAACCAGAGUUAAUGGUUUGAAUAUUUAGAGAUAUUCUUACAACAACAUGGGCACUAUAACUGAAAUCAGCAUAUACUAAUAGUCUCACCUAUUGGUGUCCACUCUUAAGGGAGAGAUACUUAUAAUUUAGGAUAUAGCUAGUCUACCGGAUCAACCCCCUAUAUUUUUCCACUUGUAUCAAAAUACAUCCAAUGUCGGAAUUAAGACAUUCACUUAAUAUAUGGAGAAUGAAUCUUUUGUUCUACUAGCUAGUUUGAUGGAUGGAUCCUUAUAUAAAGUUGUUAUAAGUUGCGAAACAAAUGUUGAAUUUUAACAUUAUUUAAACAGGUUAGGAAUGUGAGCAAAAUUGUAAAUUGAUUAAUUAACUUUAUCUAUAAAAAUUAAGUUAUCAUAUAAACAAUCAGUA